UACAACUCUGUGGCAACACUCUCGAAAAAUACCAUUUGGAGCAUUCCAUUGCUGAUCUCUGCUGCCUUAAGAAAUCGAGCAAAAGCUUUGACGGUGUUGGAGUGAGGUCCAACUCCUGGCUCGGAAAGGAAUUCUUUUGCAAAAGUAAAUAGACGGGAGAGCUGAGGUGGAAAUAGAACUAUUAAAUAUCCUGGUUCACCUUUGCUUGUCCAAUAGAGAGAUGAGACGUUUUCUGUUUUCACUCCUGUGGUGUUUCUCUGGCUUUGCAGGAAAAGGCGUUUCAGAAUGUGUGGAUCCACCUGAGAUAGACUUUGGAGAGAUCAUAAGUGAUUCGGAGCACAAAUAUGGCGAUAAAGUGCAAUAUGGAUGUGACCUGGCCUAUACCUUGUCUGGUUCAGAGUGGAUUACCUGCACUGGAAGCAAGUGGACACCACCCCCAAAAUGCUUAGCCCCUUGUAGAAUCACAAAGCAGGAGCUGGAUGAGAGAAAACUACUUUUGUCCAAUAACCGAAGUCGCACUGUAUCAGUUCCUCACGGUGAAAGCCUGAAAUUCAGAUGCAAGCAAACAUAUACAAUAAAACAGCCUUUGAUCGGGAUGUGUGUUGAUGGACACAUGGAUUUCCCAUUAUGUAUCCUCGGACCCUGUUUUUUCACAGAAGAAGACUUGGCAACCAGGAACAUGGUGAUGGCAACUGGGUCACGUGUACCUCAAUACAUACAAGUUGGUGCCUCCUUUGAAAUCAUGUGUAAAUCAGGAUAUAUUCUUGAAUCCGAAUGGAAUUUUGUGGUACAAUGCAAAAAAGACCAAACUGUUUAUCCUAAAUGCAUCGAACUUUGCGUAUUAUCAGAUGCCAAAAUGGAGGAAAACAACAUACAAUUAUUCUGGGCCACUUCCAUCAGGCAUGUGUUUAGUCAUUUAGCUGUUCUUGAUUUCGUAUGUAGAAGCGGCUAUACGGCAGAUCCUAAUUCGUCGCCUUUCCAAGUCCGGUGUUUAAAAGGAAAAAUGCAAUAUCCCAAAUGUGCUACUUCAGUCUCAUGUCGAAUCACAGAGCGAGACCUGAAUGUUGGAAGACUACUUUUAACCAAUAACCAAAGUCUCCCUCUAGCAAUUCCUCAUGGUGGAAACCUGGAAUUCAGAUGCGAACAGAACUACACCCUUAUACAGCCUUCAGUCAGAAAGUGCGUUAAUGGAACCAUGGACUUCCCCUUAUGUGUCUUCACAAGUGGAAAGAAUUGUAGUACUGCUCCCGGAAUUCCAAAUGGAGAUAUUGUUUCUUUAAAUAAAGCGGCGUACCCAGCUGGAGCCUUUGUAGAGUACAGAUGCCAAAAUUUAUAUACGCUGGAUGGUCUAAACAAGUCUUUCUGUUCUGAUGGACGAUGGACAGCUGCACCCAAGUGUUUAAGGCCUUGUUUCUUCACGGAGGAACUCUUGGCAAAAUGGAACAUGACAGUAGCAACUGGGUCACGUGUACCUCGAUACAUAAAAAUUGGUGCCUCCUUCAGAAUCAAAUGUAACUCAGGUUACGUACUUGAAUCCCACUCUAAUGAUAUGAUACAGUGCAAAAGGGACCAGAUUAUUUAUCCUAAGUGCACAGAGAAAUGUGUGCUCAAUUCAACAAAAAUGGAGAUGAAUAAUUUACAGAGGUCACAGACAUUUUUCCAGAAUGUAAGGAGGCCAUUGAGAUUUUUCCAGAAGUUACUUCCCAUUUAUUUAGUUAAUUCAAAUUUUUUUGAAUUUGAAUGUAAAAGAGGCUAUACGAAAGACCCUGUAUCUUCUCCGUUCAAAGUGAGAUGCUUGGAUGGAACAAUAGAAUACCCCAAGUGCAUUGCAUUAUAGUUACGCACAACGACUCCAGAAAAAUAUGAAGAAAAAUAUACAGUUGACAUAAUCUUCUCAUAGUAAGCGCUUAACAAAUACCACGGUUAAAAAAAGAAAAUGCUUUCCAGGCCUGUAACCGAUUUGGAUUUGAAUGUAAAAGUAGUUAGACGAAUGUUUCAGGUGUUCUAUUCAUCAGUAGAAUUUACUGAGCACCUACUGCGUGCCAAGCUCUGUACUAAGCACUUGGGAACGAUUUGAGGUUGAGGAGCUUACAAUCCAGUGGGGUGAUAGAUGUUAAAAAAUAAUUUAUAAAUUGGAGCCACAAAGAGACUGAAAAUUUAGUUGUAUGAAUAGAUGAUAUGGAGGAAAGUGCUGUGACAUUUUCGUAAGUGCUGAGGUGAUGGAAAA